GGUGGGGUCAGUGGACUGGGCUCGGGUCUGGGUGGAGGGGGACUCCUGAGGGAUGGGGCAAGCAUUUUGGAUUCCUGGCUUCCCAGCGAGGUGCCGAGGGAACCAGAAGAGGGUCACCGAGUUCGGGAAGUGCUGCCAACGAGGGCUGGUUCUCCGGUGCGGACGAUGGGCACAGCUCGGGAGGGAGAAUCCAAGAGCCCCCUUUCCUCUUCAGUGGAUACUGAGGACUCCCUCGACGAAGGACCCGGGGCCCUGGUGUUGGAGAGUGAUUUGCUACUAGGCCAGGAUCUGGAGUUUGAGGAGGAAGAGGAAGAGGAGGAAGAGGGUGACGGCAACAGCGACCAACUCAUGUGCUUUGAGAGAGACUCUGAAGGAGACUGUCUGGGGGCCAGGCCUGGGCUUCCCUACGGGCUGAGCGACGAGGAGUCUGGGGGCGGCCGGGCACCAAGUGCCGAAAGUGAAGUUGAGGAGCCAGCCAGGGGUCCAGGGGAGGCCAGGGGUGAGAGGCCAGGCCCAGCCUGUCAGCUGUGUGGGGGGCCGACAGGUGAGGGGCCGUGUUGUGGGGCAGGAGGGCCGGGUGGGGGGCCCCCGCUGCCCCCACGGCUCCUGUACUCAUGCCGCCUCUGCGCCUUCGUGUCCCACUACUCGAGCCACCUGAAGCGGCACAUGCAGACACACAGCGGGGAGAAGCCGUUCCGCUGUGGCCGCUGCCCCUACGCCUCCGCCCAGCUCGUCAACCUGACACGACAUACCCGCACCCACACUGGCGAGAAGCCCUACCGCUGUCCCCACUGCCCCUUUGCCUGCAGCAGCCUGGGCAACCUGAGGCGGCAUCAGCGCACCCAUGCCGGGCCCCCCACUCCUCCCUGCCCAACCUGUGGCUUUCGCUGCUGUGCUCCACGACCAACCCAGCCUCCCAGUCCCACAGAGCAGGAGGGAGCAGUGCCCCGGCGACCUGAAGAUGCUCUGCUCCUUCCAGACUUGAGUCUUCACGUGCCAGCAGGUGGUGCCAAUUUCCUGCCAGACUGUGGGCAGUUGCGGGGUGAAGGGGAGGGCCUGUGUGGGACUGGAUCCGAACCACUGCCAGAACUGCUGUUUCCUUGGACCUGUCGAGGCUGUGGACAAGAGCUGGAGGAGGGUGAGGGUAGUCGGCUGGGAGCUGCCAUGUGUGGGCGCUGCAUGCGAGGAGAGGCUGGAGGGGGUGCCAGUGGGGGACCCCAGGGACCCAGUGACAAAGGCUUUGCCUGUAGCCUCUGCCCCUUUGCCACGCACUAUCCUAACCACCUGGCCCGGCACAUGAAGACACACAGUGGUGAGAAGCCCUUCCGCUGUGCCCGCUGUCCUUACGCCUCGGCUCAUCUGGAUAACCUGAAACGGCACCAGCGAGUCCAUACAGGAGAGAAGCCCUACAAGUGUCCCCUCUGCCCCUAUGCCUGUGGCAACCUGGCCAACCUCAAGCGUCAUGGUCGCAUCCACUCUGGUGACAAACCUUUUCGGUGUAGCCUUUGCAACUACAGCUGCAACCAGAGCAUGAACCUUAAACGCCACAUGCUGCGGCACACGGGCGAGAAGCCCUUCCGCUGUGCUACCUGCGCCUAUACCACAGGUCACUGGGACAACUACAAGCGCCACCAGAAGGUGCAUGGCCAUGGUGGGGCAGGAGGGCCUGGCCUCUCUGCCUCUGAGGGUUGGGCCCCACCUCACAGCCCACCUUCUGUUUUGAACACUCGGGGUUCAGCAGCCCUAGGUGCUGCUGGUAGUCGGGCUCUCCAUUCGGACUCACCUUGAACUAGGUCCUUUUUCCCCAGGGCCCUAUGGAUUAGCCUUGCCCCUCCUGCGUUUUAUACAGACGGACCAGAAGCCACCUUCUUCCCCCCGCUGGCCAGGGGCUCCACACAG